GUUUUCUAUUUAUCAAGUCCAUAAUUACUUUAUUUUUUCAAUAAGUUAAGUCUACACAGGCCAAAUGGACAGCUGUCUGAGAAGUUUACAAUUAUCAAGUAAUGAAAUUGAAGAAACAAGAAUAUACUCAUGUGCAACAAGGAUAGGAAGAUAUUGAGUUACUAGUGCACUAAAUCCAUCUUAGUUAAACACCAAGAGCCUUACCAAAAGUUAGCUUUUAUAGCCUUAAAGGAUGUUCGCAUCACGACAUGCAGAAGAGUGGUCAUAAGUAGAGCAAUAAUAUAGUUUUUAAAUUGCAUCACAUUAUUUUUAGGUUCUAAUUGAUGAUCGCAAAGUAUUAUUAACAUGUUUUCCAAGUAUCAAAAAUAAUAGCACAAAUCAUAUCAGGUAUAAACUAAAUUUCAAGCACUCGUCAUAUGAGAUUUGAAUAAAGAUGUGUUUGUUCAGACAUAUUUGAAGAAAUGCUAAUCACAGUAGGACUAUUCUUAAAAAAUAGCCAUCACUAACAAAUGCAUAAGGAUGAUAGGCAAAUGACUUCUAGUGCUUGAGAGACUUCCCUACCAUCAAUUUUUGUGAGGUUCUAAAUACAGUAAGCAACAGUUGGUUUGAUAUAUAAUGAAUAGGAAUAACCAGUUGUUGUGCAACAUAGAACACACUGAGCUC